AUGAUGCUACUGCUUCCAACGGUAGCCUUGUACACACUGGUACAGCUACUACUGCUAGUGCAGCAGUCGCAGGGCCAGGCGUAUUUUGACGUGACCGACAACGGCGACUCCUACAUCCUCAACUCGCUAAACGACCACCACGUGGAGAUGCAAAUCUCGAGCAUCCUCCAGAACGAGGCCCAGAAGUACAAGGACUAUCCGCCGAUUGUCUCCUUCCCCACGAAAUCCCAACGCACGCUUGAGCCGGGACACAUUCCUCCCUACGUGUUGGACUAUUCGCCCUUGGUUUAUUUAUAUAGCGAAGAACGAUAUUUACCAUAUGACAUUGGCGAGUUUGUCACCAACUUCCACGUGCGGUACAAGAAUGGCACUGUUGUUCCGGGAACGCAGGAGGGCAUGGAUAUCGGCAAGUUGGCUGCAUUGGGCGACGGUGGUAACUCGACGAAGAAGAUGUACUUGACGCUGAACUCCAAUUUCGACGCUGACCCCGACUGGAUCACUGGUGUCAAGAACAAGCCGCUGUUGAUCAAUGGCGAGAUCCGCGACGCGCCCGCGACGUUGAUUGUGGUGGACAAGGGCAAUGGCUGGGUUGAUGCUUAUUGGUUCUACUUUUAUUCGUUUAAUUUGGGCCCGUUUGUCAUGGGGCAGGGCCCCUAUGGCAACCAUGUGGGAGAUUGGGAACAUUCGCUAGUUCGGUUCUACAAGGGGGAACCUGUGAUUGUCUGGAUGCUGGCGCAUGGCGGCGGCGGCGCGUUCUACUACCACAAUUUGGAAAAAUGGCACAUGGAUGAGCGCCACCCCAUCAUUUUCAGCGCGAUGGGCACCCAUGCCAACUACCCGAGUGUCGGACAGCAUCCGCAUGACUUGCCCUAUGACAUAUUAUCCGACUUUACCGAUCGCGGCCCGUUAUGGAACCCCGAGCGCAAUUAUUUGGGGUACACUUUUGACGGCAAGAAUGUGUGGCCCGCGACCAACAACUCGAAUAAGAACUAUAUCGGACGCGAGUGGGCAUACGGCAACUGGUUGCGCUUUAAAGGUCACUGGGGCGAUCGCCAGUUGCCCGAGGAUGACCCGCGGCAGAAGUACACCUUGAUUGGCGGGCACAAGUACAUUGACGGCCCCACGGGUCCGCUUCGGAAGAACUUGAUGCGGAUCGUGCCGUGCGAGCGGGCCAAGUGGUGGAAUUUCUGGCGUGGCUGCAACGUGCGCCAGAAUAUCAAGUGGGGCGUUGGCGUUGAGAGUGAAGGGUACAACUGUGGCAACUUGUUUGUCAAGGUGCAGCCGGGGUGGGUGCGCAGUGCCUUGAACAAGAUCACUUGGGGCGGUGGAUUUUGCUACAUCGUGGAUCUACUUUACGGGUAG